GACCUGAAGCCCCCCUCCCCGUACCACCACGCUCUCCUGGCCCGCGGGCCGCUCUUCUUCCCGCCGUACCGGCCGUCCGCGGCCGAGGACCUGAGCAGGGCGGCCAGGGUGGCCACCAGGGAGAGCACCUGUGCGCUGAAGACCUGGCUCAGCGAGCACCUGAAGAACCCGUACCCCACCAAGGGGGAGAAGAUCAUGCUGGCCAUCAUCACCAAGAUGAGCCUGACCCAGGUCUCCACCUGGUUCGCCAACGCGCGGCGCCGCCUGAAGAAGGAGAACCGGCUCAGCUGGGCCUCCAGGCCCAAGUCGGACGAGGAGGAUGAGGAGGGAGACAGUGAUGAAGACAAGUGUCACCAGGAGGAGGAGCUUCAGAGUGAGCGUGCAGCUGCAGUGGAACAGGCUGGGAGCGUGUCGGACAGCUCUGCRCGUGCACAGGUGCGUUUGGAGACUCCACAGGUGCAGCAGAGCGCGGGUCAGGGGGUCCAGGAGGACCAUGGACCCCGKGAGAAGGAUUCUGAUGUGACACCUUCAGCCCCGGAGAGUAAAAACACCGUCAGCCAGAAACCCAAGAUCUGGUCCCUGGCAGAAACGGCCACCUCAGAGACCCCAAAGGGACCUGUGGAGCGGGGUCCUCUGCCCCACGGGACGCUGUGGGCAGACUGGGCCUCACGAGCCGGACUCCUUAUUCCAGCUUAUUCCAGCCAUCAGGAACUAAUCUGAGCUGAUUUUCUGACAGAGACUUGGUGAAAACUUCAGCUGCACUUUAAACCUUCAGACCUCACAGACUUCCUGCAGCCUGGAAGGAAAUGAGACCAAAAACCUGAGGAAGUCCUGGUGCAUCUCAGUGACCCAGGUCCAAACUUAUCAAACAGAAACAAUCAGUAGGUCCUCUGGAUGGUUCUUCUUUAGUGAAACGUUUCAUCUCUCCUCCAAGAGAC